GUUGAUAAAUGAUAUGCACGAGGCAAAACAUUCCUAAUUGCAGAAGCAUUAAUUAAACAAGUAAAAGCUUUACAGUAAGCAAUCUCAGAUUAAAACCCAAUUUAAUUCAAGUCGGGUUGAGGCAAUAAGUACCCGUUUCAUUGUCGGGUCGAGGAACAAAAGAUCAGAAAAAAAGGCGGAAGAACCAAAAUGUGACGUGUUAAGCGGUGACUGGUGAACGACCUUUUCUUCUCCUCUCUCUCUCUCUCUCUCUCUUUCGAUUUGAUUCGUUUCGUCCUCGAUCAGAAAAGCUUCCUUCUUCCUUUUUUUUUUCCUUGAAGUCAAAAGGGUUUUUUUUUUUUUUCCUUCACUGUUCAAAGAUUUUAUUUUGUGUGUGUGUAUGUGUUUCCUCAGCUUCUCUCAUUGUAUUCUAACCAUACUUUUUUUGUUUCUCUUGAACAAAGCUCGUAACUUGGCUUUGUUUUGCUAGAAGAUUCCUCAAAAUAAGAUAUUUAGCGGUGACCAAAAAAAAAAGUUAUCAUUUUGGGUGGUAAUGUAGCUGUAAAGUCUAGGGCUUUUGAUAUAUAAUCUCUUGAAAUUGGUUCCGAGACUGUUUUAAAUUACCAAUUUUGAUUCUAGUUGUGAUCUAGUGGUUAGAUCUGUGAUUAACCAAAGGCAGAUUUUGUUGCGAGAAUCGGGUCAAUGUCGGUUCCACCUCGAUUCCGGUCCGCGGAUUCCGGUGAACGAGAAUUCCGAUCAGUACUUGGUCCUACCGGGAACAAGCUGCAGAGGAAACCACCGGGGAUGAAACUGGAGAAGCUGAUGAUGGAGAAGACCAUCAUCAUCGAGUCAAAAGAUGAUAAAACGAAGAAACCAACUACUCCGGCUUCGCCAAGGACGACUCUGAAGCAAUGCUCGUCUCUUUGCUCUUCCAUUCUCAGAAAGAACAGUGCCUCCAUGACUGCUUCUUAUUCCUCUGACGCUUCGUCUUCCUGCGAGUCAUCGCCUGUGAGUGUGGCGUCUUCUUCGAGCUGUAAGAAGGUUGUGAGGCGAAGUGGGCCUGUCUCUUCCACAAGGAAGCUCAGUCUCAGUGGUGGGAAAGAAGAGGAAAAGGUUGCUGGCGAUUGCUUUGCUGAUGGCCGUAAAAGGUGUGCUUGGAUCACACCUAAAGCUGACCCAUGCUAUAUUGCUUUCCACGAUGAAGAAUGGGGAGUUCCUGUACAUGACGACAAGAACCUUUUCGAGUUACUAUGCCUCUCUGGUGCUCUAGCCGAACUCUCCUGGACCGAUAUUCUCUCCAGAAGACAAUUACUCAGGGAAAUUUUCAUGGACUUCGAUCCAGUUGCUGUUUCUGAAUUGAAUGACAAAAAGUUAAUAGCGCCUGGCACUGCUGCCAUUUCCUUACUAUCAGAGGUCAAGAUACGGUCAAUCCUCGAUAACUCACGCCAUGUGCGCAAGAUUAUAGCUGAGUACGGAUCCUUUAGGAAGUACAUGUGGAACUUUGUGAACAACAAGCCUACACAGAGCCAAUUCAGGUAUCAACGGCAAGUCCCCGUGAAGACAUCGAAAGCUGAGUUUAUAAGCAAAGAUCUAGUACGCAGAGGCUUUCGCAGCGUUAGUCCAACGGUAAUUUACUCAUUCAUGCAAGCAGUUGGGCUCACAAACGAUCAUCUCAUAGGGUGCUUCAGAUACCAAGACUGUUGCGUAGAUGCAGAGACGACAACAACCAAGGCCAAGAAGAAGAACGAGCGAGAAUGACAUAGAAGAGCAAUUUCUGAAAACAAGCUAAUUAACGUAUUUGAGUACCAUGUUGUUUUUGCUUUGCUUUCGAAGAUUAUUAUAUUGACACAACGAGGUUUUGUUACGGUGAAGUGUUUUUUUUUUAUUUUUCGUUGUAUAGAUGUUUUUUUUUUGGUAAUCGGUUUAGCAUAGUAGGAUGUUGCCAUGAAGGAACUCUUAGACCGGACGUAUCUCUGUGAAUCGAUUACAUGCUACGUUUUAAGUUUUCUAUUAACCAAAUAAUUUACAUCUAGGUAUGGUCGAAUGGAGUACACAUUUAUGGUCUAUGAUGCUUUAUGCUUAACUUUAGAGGAGGAGAAACUGUAUUCGUCAAGUUACAUCAUUUAAAAUUUUAAGUAAUAAAAUUUUUGAUCUUA